GCUUCACGUUCAUGGAUGAGCAGCAGACAGCAGACUCGCCGGCCGAGGCAGAAGGAGCUCCACCACCAACACCAUCAACACCAACACAACCACCUGCGCCAACAGCACCGCGCCCCUCCGAGCACCGGGGGCAGCCUCCUGGCUCCUCCCAGCUACUACCACGCGGUGUUCGACGUGAGGGUGGAGUCCAGCCGCGACUCCGGUUUCUCCUUCGCCGGCGAUGGGCCCCCUCCCCCCGGCACCCGCCUCGCCCCCGCCAGCCUCUACCUGCACAUGAGCGCUGACGGCUCGGAGGCGCCCCCUGUCUACCGCCGCAGGGGCGGCGUGGUGGACCACCGCGAUGUCAUCAAGGCUCACGAGGCGCACAAGAUCCAGAGCACCCCACAGGCGCUGCGCAAGGAGUGGGAAAUGGCGAGGUUUGGAGACGAGGUGCCGGCCAGGUAUGGAGGCGUCCCCGGGCAAGGGGGUCCCGGACGCGGCGGGAGCAGACAGGGCGGCCCGCCCGGCGCCCAGAGGAUGUACAAGCAGUCGAUGGCACAGCGAGCCCGGACCAUGGCCCUUUACAACCCGAUCCCGGUCCGACAGAACUGCCUCACCGUCAACCGGUCCCUGUUUCUGUUCAGCGAGGAUAACCUGGUGAGAAAAUACGCGAAAAAAAUCACCGAAUGGCCUCCUUUUGAAUAUCUGAUUUUAGCCACUAUCAUUGCAAACUGUAUAGUAUUAGCCUUGGAGCAGCAUCUGCCCGACGGAGACAAGACGCCCAUGUCAGAGCGCCUGGAUGACACUGAACCGUAUUUCAUUGCGAUCUUUUGCUUUGAGUCUGGAAUUAAAAUCCUGGCUCUGGGAUUCGCGUUGCACAAGGGAUCCUACCUGCGGAACGGCUGGAACAUCAUGGACUUCGUGGUCGUUUGCACAGGCAUCCUGGCGACGGCGGGCUCGGACUUUGACCUGCGAACUCUGCGGGCAGUGCGAGUGCUGCGGCCCCUCAAGCUUGUGUCAGGAAUCCCGAGUUUACAAGUGGUUCUCAAGUCCAUCAUGAAGGCCAUGAUCCCUCUGCUGCAGAUCGGGCUGCUCCUGUUCUUUGCUAUCCUCAUGUUCGCCAUCAUCGGGCUGGAGUUCUACAUGGGCAAGUUUCACACCACCUGCUUCGACAUCUUCACAAGGGAGAGGCGAGAGGACUACCCCUGCGGGAAGGAGCUCCCGUCCCGGCUGUGUCCCAACGGGACAGAGUGCCGAGGGUACUGGAUCGGACCCAACUACGGCAUUACCCAGUUCGACAACAUCCUGUUCGCUGUGCUCACCGUCUUCCAGUGCAUCACCAUGGAGGGCUGGACCGACCUUCUCUACUAUAGCAAUGACGCCUCAGGGAAUGCCUGGAACUGGUUAUACUUCAUCCCGCUCAUCAUCAUCGGCUCCUUCUUCAUGCUGAAUCUGGUGCUGGGUGUCCUGUCUGGGGAGUUUGCCAAAGAGAGGGAGAGGGUUGAGAACAGGAGCGAGUUCCUGAAACUGCGGCGGCAGCAGCAGAUCGAGAGGGAGCUCAACGGCUACCUGGAGUGGAUCUGUAAAGCAGAAGAAGUGAUCCUGGCUGAGGAUGAGACGGACCCGGAUGAUAGGAUGCCCUUUGAUGGCUCUCGGAGGAGACCCACGAUCAAGAAGAGUAAGACUGAUCUGCUGAACCCCGAGGAGGGAGAGGAUCACCUGGGGGACAUUCCCUCUGUCGGCUCUCCGUUUGCCCGGGCCAGUAUUAAAAGUGUCAAGCUAGAGGGCUCCACCCCGUUCAACAAGAAGGAGCGACGGCUGAGGUUCUUUGUUCGCCGCGUGGUCAAAACUCAGGCCUUUUACUGGACUGUGCUGAGUCUGGUCGGCCUCAACACUAUGUGUGUAGCCAUCGUGCAUUACAACCAGCCAGACCUGCUCUCAGAUUUCCUGUACUUUGCAGAAUUUAUUUUCUUAGGACUCUUUAUGUCCGAAAUGUUUAUAAAAAUGUACGGACUGGGGACCAGGCCUUACUUUCACUCCUCUUUCAACUGCUUCGACUGUGCAGUUAUAAUAGGCAGUAUUUUUGAAGUUAUGUGGGCAGUAGUGCAGCCCGGAACCUCCUUCGGAAUCAGUGUUUUACGAGCUCUCAGGUUAUUGAGGAUUUUCAAAGUUACAAAGUACUGGGCGUCUCUGCGUAACCUGGUAGUGUCUCUGCUCAGCUCCAUGAAGUCCAUCAUCAGUCUGCUCUUCCUGCUCUUCCUCUUCAUUGUGGUCUUCGCUCUGCUGGGCAUGCAGCUCUUUGGGGGCCAGUUUAAUUUCGAUAGCGGCACACCAUCCACCAACUUCGACACCUUCCCUGCAGCAAUAAUGACUGUGUUCCAGGUCCUGACGGGAGAGGACUGGAACAUGGUGAUGUACGACGGGAUCGAGUCUCAGGGAGGAGUCAACAAGGGCAUGGUCUUCUCCAUCUACUUCAUCGUGCUCACUCUCUUCGGGAACUACACCCUGCUCAACGUAUUCUUGGCCAUCGCUGUCGACAAUCUGGCCAACGCACAGGAGCUAACCAAGGAUGAGCAGGAGGAAGAGGAGGCCACUAGCAAGAAAAAUGCGCUUCAGAAAGCCAAGGAGGUGGCGGAAGUGAGUCCUCUGUCUGCAGCCAACCUCUCCAUCGCAGCAGUGACAGUAAACACUGAGGUCCUGCACGGUACAGAAAGCUUACUGGACCGGAAGGAGCAGCAGAAGAACAUGAAGGGGGGAAAGUCGGUGUGGGAGCAGCGCACCAGCGAGAUCCGCAAGCAGAACCUGAUGGCCAGCAGGGAGGCGCUGUACAACGAGCUGGAACCCGAGGACCGCUGGAAGGCGCAGGUAUCGUACUCACGGCACAUCCGCCCUGACAUGAAGACGCACCUGGACCGCCCCCUGGUGGUGGACCCACAGGAGAACCGCAACAACAACACCAACAAGACACGUCCGAGCGACCCUGCGGGAGAGCAGCGGCUGAGCCAGCAGCGCGCAGAGGAGUUCCUGAGGAAGCAGGCGCGCUACCACGAGCGGCCACAGGGGGGUGGUGGUGGCGGCGGGGGCAACCGGCCCUACGAGCGUGCAGACUCCAGCGAGACCAGGAGGGGCCAGCGCAGCAGCAGCAAGGAGCCCGACCCCAGCCAGCACGCAGACAUGCACCGCGGACACAACCAGGACUGCAUGGACCCCAGGGAGGGAGGGGGUGGGGGAGGAGAGCGCAACAGGGACCCCCACCGGCGCCACCAGCACAGGCAGCCUGGCCGCAGCAAGGAGGGGCGCAGCGUGUCCCCCCGCGGAGACGGGCUGAGCGAACACCGCCGGCCCAAGCCUCCUCACCGCUGGCCUGGGGAGGAGGAGGAGGGGACAGGGGGGGGAGGCAGGGGCUCCGGAGGGGGGGACAGGAGAGGGGGGAGGCACAGAGGAGGGGGAGAGGGAGGCGGAGGGAACAGGGGCAUUAACCGGCAGGACACGGGAGACAGCGAGCAGCCUGACAGUGUGGACCGGAGGAGGAGGCAUCGGCAAGCAGCCCAGUCCACCUACGAGACGGAGGGCAAGAGAGAGGGAGAGCGCAGGCACCGGCGCAGGAAAGAGGGGCAGGGUAACGGUCCCUCCUCGGGUCCAAACCUGUCCACCACGCGGCCCAUCCAGCAGGACCUGUCCCGGCAGGACAGCCAGCAGCACCCGGAGGACAUCGACAACAUGAAGAACAACAAGCUGGCCACGCAGCCCCCCAACUCCCGGAGCCUUGGCAACAACACCACCGCCGCGCCACAGAGCCCUGCCCGACUGGCAAACCACAGCAACCCCAACCCCAACCCCAACAACACCACCAACCCCAACCCUAACCCCAAUGCGCCCAACAACGUGCUCAACCGCAAGGCACCAGGGGGCAACCCGCCAGGGGGCAACCCGCACAAGCCCCCCGAGAACAGCUUGAUCCUCACCAACCCCAGCUCCACCCCCACCAACAACCCGGCCAAGACCAACAGCAAGAAGCCCGAGCACACCGCCGUGGACAUCCCACCAGCCUUCCCCAAGGAGAACGCCACUCUGCAGGUGAACAAGAACGCAAACACCGAGCCGCUGCCCAAGAAGGAGGAGGAGAAGAAGGAGGAGGAAGAGGAGUUUGAGAAGCAAGGGGGCGACGGGCCCAAACCAAUGCCUCCCUACAGCUCCAUGUUCAUCCUCUCCACCACCAACCCGUUCCGCAGGCUGUGCCACUACAUCGUCACGCUGCGCUACUUCGAGAUGUGCAUCCUGCUGGUGAUCGCCAUGAGCAGCAUCGCGCUGGCCGCUGAGGACCCCGUGCAGCCAGACUCCCCCCGCAACAUCGUUCUUCGGUACUUUGACUACGUGUUCACUGGCGUCUUCACAUUCGAAAUGUUAAUCAAGAUGGUGGAUCUGGGUCUGGUCCUGCACCAAGGCGCCUAUUUUCGAGACCUCUGGAACAUCCUGGAUUUUAUAGUGGUUAGUGGUGCCCUGGUGGCCUUCGCCUUCACGGGGAGCAGUAAAGGAAAAGACAUCAGCACCAUCAAGUCUCUGCGAGUCCUCAGGGUGCUGAGACCUCUCAAGACCAUCAAGCGAUUGCCCAAGCUCAAGGCGGUGUUUGACUGUGUGGUAAACUCCUUGAAGAAUGUGCUCAAUAUCCUCAUUGUCUACAUGCUCUUCAUGUUCAUCUUCGCUGUGGUGGCGGUGCAGCUCUUCAAGGGACGCUUCUUCUUCUGCACCGACGAGUCCAAGGAGCUGGAGCGCGACUGCAGAGGGGAGUACCUGGUGUACGAGCGACACAACGAGGUGAAGGCACAGAAGCGCGAGUGGAGGAAGUACGAUUUUCACUACGACAACGUGCUGUGGGCUCUGCUGACCCUCUUCACUGUGUCCACAGGAGAGGGCUGGCCACAAGUUCUGAAGCACUCCGUCGAUGCCACGUAUGAGAACCAGGGCCCCAGCCCAGGGUAUCGCAUGGAGAUGUCGAUUUUCUACGUGGUCUAUUUCGUGGUGUUCCCGUUCUUCUUUGUGAACAUUUUCGUGGCCUUGAUCAUCAUUACCUUCCAGGAACAGGGCGACAAGAUGAUGGAGGACUACAGUCUGGAGAAGAACGAGAGAGCUUGCAUCGACUUUGCCAUCAGUGCCAGGCCCCUGACGCGGCACAUGCCUCAAAACAAGCAGAGCUUCCAGUACCGCAUGUGGCAGUUCGUGGUGUCGCCGCCCUUUGAAUACACCAUCAUGGCGAUGAUUGCGCUCAACACCAUCGUGCUCAUGAUGAAGUUCUACGGUGCGACAGACGCCUAUGAGGCAGUGCUAAAGAACCUGAACAUUGUGUUCACGGCACUCUUCUCAAUGGAGUGCGUUCUCAAAAUAAUUGCCUUUGGAAUUCUGAACUAUUUUCGAGACGCAUGGAAUAUUUUUGAUUUUGUCACAGUCAUGGGCAGCGUAACUGAUAUCUUGGUGACGGAGCUAGGGAAUAACUUUAUCAACCUGAGCUUUCUGAGGCUCUUCCGAGCGGCUCGGCUCAUCAAGUUGCUGCGUCAGGGCUACACCAUCCGAAUCCUGCUGUGGACCUUCGUUCAGUCCUUCAAGGCCCUGCCCUAUGUGUGUCUGCUAAUCGCCAUGCUGUUCUUCAUUUAUGCCAUCAUUGGCAUGCAACUGUUUGGGAACAUUGCCAUCGACGAGCAGGAGGAGAGUGCCAUCAACCAGCACAACAACUUCAGGACCUUCUUCCAAGCCUUGAUGCUGCUCUUCAGGAGUGCCACGGGGGAGGCGUGGCAUGACAUCAUGCUGGCCUGCCUGGGAGGGAAGGAGUGUGACGUGCGAUCGGGGACGAAGGAGCCCGAGUGCGGGAGUGUGUUCGCGUACCUCUACUUCGUCUCCUUCAUCUUCCUCUGCUCCUUCCUGAUGUUGAACCUGUUUGUGGCCGUCAUCAUGGACAACUUUGAGUACCUGACCAGGGACUCGUCCAUCCUGGGGCCUCACCACCUGGACGAGUACGUGAGGAUCUGGGCUGAGUACGACCCUGCCGCCUGCGGGCGAAUUCAUUAUAAGGAUAUGUACAGUUUAUUGCGUGUAAUCUCCCCCCCUCUCGGCUUAGGCAAGAAAUGCCCUCAUAGGGUGGCCUGCAAGAGGUUGCUCAGAAUGGAUCUGCCUGUCGCAGAUGACAACACAGUCCAUUUCAACUCCACCCUGAUGGCCUUGAUCAGGACAGCGCUCGACAUCAAAAUAGCUAAGGGAGGGGCAGACAAACACCAGAUGGACGCGGAGCUGCGGAAGGAGAUGAUGGCAAUCUGGCCGAACCUGUCUCAGAAGACACUGGACCUGCUGGUCACUCCGCACAAGGCAACUAGUGACUUGACGGUUGGGAAGAUCUACGCGGCGAUGAUGAUCAUGGAGUAUUACCGGCAGAGCAAAGCCAAAAAGCUUCAGGCUCUCCGGGAGGAGCAGAAUCGAACGCCAUUAAUGUUUCAGCGCAUGGAGCCUCCUUCCCCAACGCAGGAUGGGGGGCAGGGACUCAAUGGCCUGCCAGAUCCUCAGCAGGACCCUGACAGUGUCCCACAGGAGGGGGGGAUGCCGGAGAGCCAGUCCUGGGUGACUGCCAGAGCGCAGGAGAUGUUCCAAAAGGCAGGGAACUGGAGCCCAGAGAGAUACCCUGACGACAUGCAGGACACCCGGCACAACCCCCAGUCGGUAGAGAUGAGAGAGAUGGGGCAGGACGGUUACUCCGACAAUGAGCAAUAUCUUCCUAUAGAAGGGCACGGGAGAGCCACUUCCAUGCCUCGACUUCCUGCAGACAACCAAUAUCUCCCUAGCGGCCGGAGGAGAAAAGGGCGGCCCCGCGGAAAUAACCUCAGUACGAUCACGGACGAGAGCCCCAUGAAGCGCUCCGCCUCCAGCCUGGGACACGGGCGCUCCAAGGGCGUGCGGCUCGACGACUACUCGCUGGAGCGCGUCAUUCCUGAGGAGAACCAGCGGCACCACCGACGUCGAGAGAGGGGCCACCGCACCUCUGAGAGGUCACUGAGCCGCUACACUGACGCAGACACAGGGCUGGGCACGGACCUCAGCACUACCACGCAGUCUGGAGACCUGCCCCCCAAGGAGAAGGACCGGGAGCGUGGCCGGCCGAAAGACCGCAGGCACCACCACCAUCACCACCACCACCACGGCUCCGUAGACAAGGAGCGCUACACCCCCGAGCGGCAGGAAUACGGGGGCCAGCGGACACGGGACAGGCGGUGGUCACGCUCCCCCAGCGAGGGCCGAGACUGCAUGCCUCACAGACAGGGCAGUAGUUCGGUGAGUGGGAGCCCGGUCCCUUCAACGUCCGGCACCAGCACCCCGCGCCGCGGCCGGAGACAGCUCCCGCAGACCCCCGCCACUCCCCGGCCCCACGUCACCUAUUCCCCCGUGGUCCGCAAAGCCAUGAACGCGCCCCCCGGCGGCCCCCACUCGCAGUCCGGCAGGGUCCCCACCCCGGCCCCUCGCCGCUUCUCCCCCCCUCCUCCUGAGCACCUCCACCGCCACCGCUCCCCGCCCCGGAACAGCCAGUCCCCGAGGGCGCACAGGAACGUCCCCGGCAGCCGGUGGUCCACGGCCAGCUCGCACAUGUCUCAGCAGGAGGAGCACGACGCGGACGACGGCUGCUAUUACCAGCGCUCCGGCUCUGAGGAGGAGGACCCGUUGGCCUUCCAGGAGGCGCCCAGCCACUCUCCCAGGACUGCCCGCCGGGGGCACGGCUCACCCCCCGCCUCCCGGCACCCUGCUGGCCCCCCCAGGCGGGUCCCCAACGGGUAUUACUCCUCCUCCUCCCCCCACCACCACCACCAUCAACAGGGACAGCAAGGGAAGCCCCCGCCGCCACCCCAGCAGCAGCAGCAGCUCAGAGGUGCCAGGAAGGGCCUGCAUGAACCCUACAGUGAAACAGACGAGGACGACUGGUGCUAGCCUCACACUUGGGUUGGGGUUUUUUUUGUUUGUUUUUUUUAAACAGAAAAAAACUGAAGAAAAAACAAAUAAGAAAGAGAAAAAAUAAUACACACACACACAUAUAUAUAUAUAUAUAUAGAGAGAGAGAGAGAGAGAGAGAGAGAAAUAUAUAUUAUUAAUAAUAACUACAAUUUAAAAAAACAACAACAGAAUAAGAAAUUCUAAAUUUGCCAAGCUAUGAAAAGGAAGAAAGGGGGAAGUUUUUUUGUUUUUUUUUGUUCUGCUACCCUGUUUGGUUUUUUGGAUUGGGGGGGAAAAUGGGGUGAGCAGCUGCUGUUUUUGUUGUUGUUUUUUGUGGGGAGAGGGUGUUUUUUUAAGCAUGUAUAUAAAGGGUUAAACUCAGCGUACCUGAAGCACUGAGGGGUCCACUUCAGACCCCCCUCACCCCAAAUAAAAAAUAACCCUUCAGCAAACGUCUAGCUACUAUGCCUCUGAAAGUAAAAAAUACAAAGGAACAACCACUUCUUUCAAACCUGAACUGCUUAAUGAACUUCUUUUAGGGCAAAAAAAAAAUAAAAAAAAAAUACAAGUUUGCGUAUAUUGAUGAGUUUUAUCAUCUGCGUUUACCUUGUUAUUAAUAAUGAUGCUAUCUUGAAGAUUGGUAUUGUGACUGAGUGAGCCACUAACUCGGGAGUGUGUCUGUGUGUCUGUGUGUGUGUGUGUGUGUGUGUGUGUGUGUGUGUGGGAAUCGAGGACUCACACGCAACAACACCGAGACACUUUGUGGAGUUCACAUUCAAAAACCCUUUCUACUGUUGCCUGCUACGACGAGGAACUGGGAAAGAAAAGUUAAAAAACAAACAGUAUUUCAUAGUUUUUCUUCUACUUCUUCCUCUUCUUCAAAACAUUUGCCCGCUUGAUAAUUCUGUUGCACCCUUUCAGUAUUGUUUGAACUUUUAGAGUAAAUUACAGUGGAAUCCUGCAUGAAGAAACAAGAAAAUUCUGUGAGGGGAAAAUUAACUGCUUAUCUCUGCCGAAGUUCUCUUUCUCUGCUCGGAAAGACUGAAGAUGUUAUUUUAUUUAUGUAUUUUUUUGUUAUUGUCCCGCUGGAGGCAUGCAAGCAGAGAGACAUUUACAGUAGAUCGUGAGAUAGUGACUGGAGCCCCUUCUUAUUUAAAUCCAUCUUUCAUGAUCUAUUUUAUUUGGAAAUGUGCAUGAUAAAGUUAUUUCAUUUUCUGAAGAGGGUCCCAAACUGCAUCCAAGAAAACAGGCCCUUUCCUAAAUGAACUCUUUUAUAUAUUUUUAUGAAUACAAUACAGAUUCAAGAGCAGAGGAUUCCAGUUUUGGAGGGGAAUAUUAAUAUUUAUCGAUAUUAACAAAACAAACAUAACCAAAAGCUUCACAAUUUCCCUGCUGGAUAAAGAGAACUUCUUCAGAUUUAGAAUACAAAAAAAAAAAAGAAAUCUGUGUAGAUUUAUCUAUUUUUUUUUAACCACACUUUGAAAUGAAGCUGUCUGUCCAUUUUAUUAUAUUUUCUUUAUGUAAUAGGCUGAUCAUAUCAAGAAUGGAAUGUAUCCCUUGUGCUGUCGAUUGUGUUGCGGGUUUCAUAUGCUGUCUGGCAGCUCAGUGUGAGAAGCGCAUUGUGGAACUGUGGGGUGUUUGCUCAGGGCAGUCUAGUUUCAGCGAUGAAGCUUCAUUGCCCUGUAGAGUCGGGGUAGGGGGUCAACACCUUUUUAUUUUGUAAGAAAAACAAAAACAAACUACCCAACAAAUCUUGUAUUGUAUUCUAGAUUAUUUCUGUCAUGGCGAUUGACUAUAUCUCCACAAUGCUCUGCUACACUGGGCAUGCUUGGGUAAUAUCAUAAACCCCCAUUGUGUAUUACACCUCUGUGUCUGUCUGUCUGGCUGGCUGUCUGUCUCCCUUCCUCCCUCCAUUCAGAGAGCACACUCAGCACUUGCGUUCCCAGAGGUAAGAGUAAGGAUUUACUGUAAGGAGGCAGGUUUGAGGUCCUCAGCAUCUCGCUGGACUGGUCUGAAUGCACAGGGUUUGUUCAAGCAUGAAACCUGAAGUAUUAAACCACACAUGCACGCAGAAACCCCCAAAACAGUCUGAGAUAAGACCACUGCCGUCCCUGAUUUUCACAGCACUCUGUUAGUACACUGUCACACAUUCACAAAGAUGCUAAAAUCUUUAUUGUUAAUAUACCCUAAAAUAAAGAGCUUGUUAAAACACCAGGCCAAAUGCACGCACGCAGAGGCACUGGAUGCUUUGUGUUGACAUGCUUUUGAAGUAAUUCAAUAGGAAAUGAAAGUCAGUGAAGCAAUCGUUUAUUGGAUUUCUUGACAGUGAGGGGUCUCUUCUGCUGAAGUGCUUUGUCGUGCAAAACUCUGAAUGCUGGGGAGGUGGGGGGGCGAGCAGAGGCUACAAAAGUCUUGUUUUAGGAGUGGGUGGGGGUUGCACUUGUCUUUCUGUUUGUCUUAAAAAUGGCAGUGUCUGCAAAGAGCGAACUUCUGAAAUUCUGAAUUCCAGUGCCAAAAGAUCAGAGGUGCACCAGAAAACAAAAAAUAAGGCUUCAAACACAAAAGUUUAAUUCUUAACUCAGCCCAUUCCUGCUGGUGCCAGAGUGUGCCAGGGCCCAUAGAACAGAAGAGGUGUUAAUGAAAUGGACACCAUUGUGGUUUGGAUGAAAGGCCAGUACUGAGUAUUAAUAAUCUGAGAGACGGGGAAUCUAUACUCCCAGUUCCGUAACCUGCUUGGUUUUAUAAACCAUGGAGAGUGCUAUUCCAACUUCUAUUCUGUGUCACCCCCCACCCCCUUUCCCUUGUGCAUUAAAGCAUAGAGGGUUAGAAACAGCCCUCUUGUGGCUCCCAUACAAUCGGCAUUGUGUUGUAGCCUAUAAGGAAGCUGCAGCCAACCAGGUGAACAGAGGAAUGUGAUUUCAUAAAUCGGCUCUACAGCCCCUGCUACUAUUAGAUCUGCCUCAGACAAACCAGUUUCUCCUGCAGCCAAGUGCCAUUUAACAUCUUGGUUCUGAGGGGAGAAAAGUACUUGAUUAUUAUUACUAUUAUUACUAGAAUGAAUUAUUAUUAUCACAAUGGGUUCAGUUUAUUCUUUAAAAUAUUCUAUAUUAUUAAAAACAUAUCAGCAUGAACAAAAAAAACAUGAUUUGGAACUGAGUUAUAAAAGUGCAUUUGUUUGCUCUGUUUGUUACAACGGCCAUGCGUUACUUUAACCUGGAUGUCUAUUAUACAACGUCUCGAGACGUCUGCAUUGCCAUGAUGAUAUUGCGUUGUGUGUCCGAGAACUUGUCUAUAACACGGCCUCCCUGAGACAGUUCUGCCUUGGAUAAGGAGGGAGAAACCUCGCGGGCGUCUAUACUGUAGCGAUAAAACGGUACUAUCUGUCUAACUGCAGACAGAUCCUCUGUUUCAAAAAGGGCUUUAUUAGAACAUUCUGAAUUCUGCUGCCAAAAUAGUCAUGCAUCCUGUUACAUAAUCCAAUGCCAAAAAUGUUCAGUACCCCUCGCAGUAUACACUCUCUAUUGCACAGCAAUUUCGUGGCAUAGGUGCAGAGAGACGGGCCGGUGUGUAAAUCUGUACUACACUCUUUCCAACACAUGAAACGUUCUGUUUGAUCCAUUGCUUUUUCUCGAGACAACUGUGCUCUGGCCAUCGACACAGUGAACUUUUUAAUGGUGAGCGAGAUUGCUGCUCCUGACACUCUAAAGGUAAUACUUUUAAAAAAUGAAAUGAAUUGCCCUAAAAGCGAUUGGUCCCUAACCCUAACCCUAACCUUAAUAUUAAGGCAGGUGUGUGUGUGUGUUGCAAUUCAGAACUGAUUUAAAUCUUAAGCUCAGUUUUCAAAUUCUCUCAGCUCGCCUGUCUUUCUGCACCUGUGUCCAUUUGGCUUUGUACCUGGCCAUGGUGGGGAGAGCUCCUGAUUGUUACUACACUUUCACAGAGAUGCCAGCACACCGUGAAUGAGGGAAUGAGAUCUCAGGGUAAGGGUUAGUCAAGCAAGACCGAGUUGGAGCCUCGUUCCUAAUGCCUUGUUUCCACGGAUAACCCUCACCACCCCUCAAAACAGUCCACUGAUAUUCCAACACCAUUAUAAAGGUUUAGUCAAGGCAAGGGCACAGUUUGACACCACAUUGGACACCACAUCAUGUAAAAGAAAACAUGGCAAGCCAUGGUAAACAAUGGUAAAUUCAUGGUAAAACUGCAAAUUUACUGUGUAAAUUUACUGUGGUAAAUUGACUUUUAUAAGGGCAGACCUGAACCCAAUAUUUACUUAUUUGUAUUUUUAUCCAAUUUUGCUUGGUUACUAAUGUAUUUAGUAUCUCUUACUUUUUGAAUCUGGUUUGCUUGAUCCCUGAGUACUAUCUGGGCGUGUUCGACGAAACAAGGCAUAAGUUGCACUUAACCAACAGUGCUCUUAAAAUGAAUCAGUUUCAACUCAGUAUCGAUGAUUUUGUAAACUUUUUUUUUUAAGACGCAAUCAAAGGUUUCAGACAACUUCUCUUUUAUAAACAAUCCUAUUUGCUGACUAAAUUACGCUGGCAAUAUGCAACCUUGAAGGGUGAGAGGAGCUCAUUUUCAGGGUGUUUGACUCCCAGUUCAUUACAUUGGACUGUCUGAAGUGUACUGAGUGGAGGAGACUGCUGUGGCCGAGGCUAUGGCCAACACAGCAGGCACAGGGACGCCCUCUAACCCUUGGUAAAGUCACGGUCUGGGCGAGGUGUAGUUAAACAUGCCUGUCUGCCUCGUUUCCACUGCCUGUCCCAGGUAUAGCUGAGCUGGCCGCUCUGGGCGAGGUGUAGCUGGAGGGUGUUUCCACGGCCUGUCCCAAGUAUAGCUGAGUUGGAGGGUGUUUCCACGGCCUGUCCCAGGGUAUAGCUGAGCUGGCCGCUCUGGGAGGGUGUUUCAUCCAGACCGGCCAGCUCAGCUAUACCUGGGACAGGCAGUGAACCAGAGGCAGGGGUGUGUCUGUCUACCUUGUGAGCCGGUUCCAUUCUCCCGCGCCCCUCACUCCAUUCUGCGCUGUCCUUUAAACCGCUUCAUGUAUUCUGCUUCAUACAUAACCCUUCUUUUCUCCCUUGUGGGCAUGUUUGUUUGCUUUUUUUUCUGUGAAUUCCCAUAUCUUGAAAUCAAGUUCACAGCAUUUGGCGCCUACUCCAGGUCUAGCAUUCAAAGAUGUUUCUCACACACAUAGUUAUUUAUAUGUAUGCUUUUAACACAUUUAAAACCAAUUUAAAAAGCAUUGACUUAAACCAGCAAGGACCCCACAAUGUGGUUUUAAGAGGCACACACUGACACACAACAGGGCGGCAGAACCAUUCAUGUGUAAGGUUUGGCAGAGAUUACAGAAUUUUAAUAUAUAUGUGUUCAGAUAUGUAGCCACUAUAGCCACUAGAGGUCUCCCAUUGCCAGUGAAUAGAAGGUGCAACAGGUCAGCUGUCUGACACUUGUUAAUGGGCAAUAUAUAUAUAUAUAUAUGCUCAAAUUCUCCAGACUGCCAAUCAAUCUUUUUUUUUUUUUAACAGAUCGAGUUCUCAUGUACAAUAGUGACCUUAGUCUCACAGUCAAAAAUUGUUUGUUUCUUUGUAGCUGUCUUUUGGUUUUUCAAUUGACAACAUAUAAGAUAAAUAUGAGAAUAAAGAUGGUCACAGUCCCAAAAGAAUACUCUCUAUGAUUUUUAAUAAGAUUAAAUGAUCCUUUGUGACAAUUCUGUUUAAUGGCAAAUCUUAAAACUAGACAAGGAGUCAUGCACACCCUCUGUAUCGGGAUACCUAUUAUGUGAGUGAAGUAUCACUAAUCGGUUCAUCAGAUUUAAUCUUUCAGUAGCCGACCCAAGGCGCUAGACACUGACAAUGUAACCCUGUGGCUUCUGUGUUGUACUGCCUCUAGUAAGACUCACCCCCACCCACCUCUGCAGGAAUGGUAAAUAAAUCCCCAUUACAUCCCCACUGCAUAUCUGUUUGAGCUGUUCCAGGUUUUAAUGUGAACCAAACAGCCAAAAAAGAGACGUCUGAGUGUAUUUAACCCUUUCUCUUCCAGUCUUUAUAUGGAGACAUAUGGAACAUGCAAAUGCAUGAUGACCUCAAAAAUGGGAAACAAAUGUCAAUGAAAAAACAUAUUUAUCAUGUGUCCAAAAAUACUUCAAAUGUUUUUUGUCAGCUCUUUUCAAUAAUGAAUGCAUGAAAGGGUUAAUACAUGACACCAUUGUGUUUGCACAGCCUGGUCUCCCCUGGGCAGUAGCAGCCCCCAUUCGCACAUUUCAUAAGCGCACUAACAAACAACAUCAAGUUUUGUUUAUUAUUUCCAAUCUGAAGUGUCGCGUCACAGCUGUAACCCCCUGUACUGUUCAGGAGGCCUAAAGAGCAAACAAAUCAACAGACCCCGGCAGGUGAGGCCCAGCGCGGCUAGUCUCUGACCAGGAGGGGCCACUGAGGUGAAACUGGGCCAGAGCAAUUAUCCUCCCUUUUGGACCCCCUGACAAGCGUGUGAACUUUGUGUGAACCCCGCUUGCAUGACACGCCUCGCACUCAACAGACCGCUCAGUGAAACUGCAGGGUUAGAAACUCACACUAGCCCAGCACCUAGUCCUGGGUUUCAGAAAUACCAUACAUUAAGUAUAUUAUUGAAAUGAUUCAGUAGCCAGGAGUUUGAGCAACCCCUGUUAAACAUAUUGCUCCUUCCCUUAUAGCUGCAUGAACAACUCCUGAUAGUCAACCUACAGACACAGGUGAGACUUAUUCAAGUGUGAUCAGUUAAUUCAGAGUACUUUCAGCAGGGGCCUGAUUGUACAAAUUCCUGGGCACCUGGUCAUUUCAAUAAUUCAAAUAGUUCUGAAACCCAGGACUGGGUGCAGGGCUUGUGUAAGUUUCCAGCCCUGAAACUGGGAUUUCAGGUAACAGGUGGAUGCAGUAAGAUUUUAAAGGUAAGUGGUUCCUGCCGGCAUAGUGGGGCUCAGAUUAAAACCUGGAAUGAUUCAAAGCAAUGCAAAGGGAGUCCGCUCUUCAGCAGAACUAAAUCGGCUCUCUCUUCCCUCUCUGUCUGGAUUGAUGCCUUACUAUUGUAAACAGCCAAGUGAUUUGGUUUAAACUAACUACAGAUUAGACUGUCUCUGGCGGCAUGUGAAUUCUAUUGAAUUUCUUUAUCUAAAUGUAUUAUACAGCGCUGUUUUAAUAGGGACUGCAGCACUACUAGCAGUCCCCAGAUUGUAACUGCCGCUUCUCAAAGUUGCUGUGCUGGCAGCUUCGUUUAGCAGUAGUACCAUCAGGGCUAGUGCUCAGAAUGUAUUCAGCAGCCUCCAGUUGCUCUGCAAACCUUUGAUUGUUUUUGGCACAUUUGGUAUAUUUACCAUGCUCUAAACCUCCUCCUGCCCGCUUUAGGUUCGGUUUCACCCUGAAAUCAAAUGGGACAGUUCCAUGGUUUUUGUUUUUCUAAUCCAGACUGAUUUGCUUUGCCAGUUUGUUGUUUUCACUGUUAAUGAUUUGUACGACAUGCUGAUGAAUGCGUUCUGAUGUUAUGUGUUCUAAUACAGUACAAUGUGGGAGUGCCAGGAUUGCCUUGUCCUGCCCUGGCCACAUCUCUCAAUGUGCUUACCUGCUCUCAUCAUGAGGGAGCCAAGCCAAUGACUGUCCAGCUCUUGCAUCGUACUGCCCUCCCAGCCAGGCCCCUACUCUCAAACCCAAACCUAAAAAUACAAAAUACAAAAAUAAAACCAAUAAGAAUACAUAAAUACUAAAGAAAGGUUUAUAAAACAGUUGCAAAUCCCGGUAUAGAGGAAACAAGAGCAUGUCAGCAAUAAAUAAUAUCAUGGCAGCUGUAAAUGCUAGAAACAGUAAAAAAAAAAAAAAAAAAAAAUCUGUUACCACAAUAACAUGGCAAAAACAAAUCUCCUUUUAAAAACAAACACAUGUAUACACACGACAUCUCUCUUCUUUCUCAGCAGUUUAAACUGGCUGCCACUGCCAGACCGAGGGUGACUGCACAAGAUCAGAAUUAAGACAAACGUUUAUUACAAUGAGGAUCUAUAUCUUGGCCUCCUGGUCUAAGAAUUGGCUUGUGUUCCCUUCUGUGUGCUGUCCCAUGCUAGCCCCUCGUGGGGGGUUAGAGCAUCUGUGGGAGAAACUGUUCAGCGGGGUCUCAGAGGGCUGGAGACUGUUUUUCAAUUUCAUUAAUCUGCCAAGCCAGUAUAAACAAAAACACAUUCAGAGUGUCUUUAAAGUGUAUCAAGUUGCUGUACCAAGCAGCACUAAAAUAAACUCCUGAUGCAUGAGGAAAUGCUUUGCUCUGCCUUUGCAAAACGUCCACCCUAACCCUGGAGUUUGUAACCAACCGAUCCACGCAAAAGCAACAGAGCACACCUUCUGGUCUUUUACCAGGUUACAACAUCCGUUACAUGUAUAUGAAAGCAAUGUAUUACACUAGCAUCACAUCAUCAUUAAUAAUACCGAUGCCCCCCUCUCCAGUCCAGCAAUCCUUGAAAAACAGUCUUUAGUCGAGUUUGACAAUGCUGUGCACAUUUAAAAAUAUAUACAAAAAUGGAAACAGUUGCACGAGAUGUAAAGCUACAGUUGUUUUUUAAGAGGCCUCUGUAUUAUUUGGUUAGUAUUUAUUUAUUUAUGUAUGUAUUUUUGGGGAGGCUAUUCUUCAGUUUCAGAACAAUGGCAGUUGUCCGUGUGCGAGGACUUCAGAAUGUCUCUUCACCGUCCAGUCGACAGUUUUCUUGCUGGCCUGGAACAUGCAGAUUUUUACAUUUAAAAAAAAAUAAAAAAUAAAAAUAAAAAAGUAGGAGCCGUCAUGGAAUUAAAAAAAAUAAAAAUACAGAAAAGUAUUUACUUACAAACUGCAUGUGCAAUGUGCAUGCCACUAUAUGGGUUAUAAUGUCAUCUUCAGGAAAAGAAAAAAAUAUAUAUAGAUGUUUUUAAGGCAAUGUGUUUCUUUUUUUUCUUCUAUUUAAAACAAAAAAAACCUUUGGUAAAUUAAUGGAAGUUUGUUUGAGAUAUUUAUAUACAUAACUGUUAUUGAAAUGGUUCAAACUACAAGAUGUCAACAAGUUUCAAAACACUACAAAAUAAACCCUAAUGUGAAGUUGGAACGGAGAUGCCUGAUUCUGAUGUACCGAUACUCUGGCUACGACUUCUCUAUCGCUCUGCUGUUUCUACCAGUGCAUUUUGUAAUCCCAAACAGAAUCUUCCUAAGAAACCUGAAUAAAAUCCGAGAGUAUGCACAUG